AUGUCUGCAGCUCCUCCAACCCUUGGAAAGCUCGCCACUAUUCCAGAGAGUGAACACAGCGGGCCCCCGCAAGUCAUCUCUGUCGGACUGUGGCGGAUGGGCACUGCAUCUAUGGCCGCUGCGUACGAUAUCCUAGGCCUACGACCUCAUCACGCUUUAGACAUGGUCGAUCAACCAGAGCAGUGGAAGCUCUUUGAAGCUGCCGCAGACGGAAGUUUUCCUGAUCCGCGCACUGGCAAACUCAAACGGCCACCGUUUUCCCGCCAGGAAUGGGACCAGAUCUAUGGAAAAUACGGCGCUAUCACGGAGCUUGGAUCGGCCUUUGCAGAGCAGCUUAUCGCGGCGUACCCAGAGGCAAAAGUUGUCAUCUGUCGCCGUGACUAUGAUAAGUGGUGGCCCAGCUUUCGCGAGGGUAUUGUUCUGCCACUUUACAGCGCCAAACUCCGCUUCGUCAUCUACACGAUCUCUUUCGUGCUGGGCCGACGCGGCGGACAUGCCAUGAUAAAGACAACGGAAGGCUUUUUCCGUUCUUAUUCUGUACAAGACUUUGACGCAAACACAGAAGCUGUGUAUGACGUGUACUUCAAGAGGAUUGACGAGUUGCUCCCUCCAGAGCGCAAGUUGGUCUAUCAGCUGGGUCAGGGAUGGGAGCCUUUGUGCGAGUUUCUGGACAAGCCUGUGCCGGGAGUGGAGUUUCCGCGCAUUAAUGAGGCAAAGGCGCUUAAGGAGCACCAAAGGGCGGCGAUGGAGCGGUGGUUGACUGCGAGCUGGAAGGCUGUUAAGCCAUGGCUGAUUGGAGCGCUUGGCCUUAGUAUCGCUGUUGUCGUGGCUAGAAAGAAAUUGUGA